UGAGAACCUAAAACCCCAACAAAGCCCUUUUGCCUCUGCUAGUAGCCUCAACAAACAUGGCCACUAUCACCGCCAGGUCCCUCCUCCGCUCCGCCACUUCCUCCGGCCGAACAGCCGCCGUUAGACUUUCCGGAGGCUCCAAGCCGAAGGUCUCCUCCUCUCCUUUUCGUAUCCCUUCACAGAAACCCCUCGCCGCUCGCAUUUUCAGGUUACCUGUUGAAAUGAGUUGUGUAAGUGUUGAAACGAUGUUUCCAUAUCACACUGCUACGGCUUCAGCAUUGCUGAAUUCAAUGUUAUCUGCUACUCCUAGAAGCUAUGGUUGGACUCUUGAAGAUUGCAACGAUGAUUUAUGAUGAAUGUCAGAAGGUUCAAGCAAGGAUUUACCAUGCAGUCUAUGGACUAAGAGAAUGUCUAAACGUAGCGCACGACAGGUGCUCCAAAGAAACAUAUGUUUUCUCCUGUAACUUUCAUUUGAUUUUUGUUCGAAAUGAAUACAUUUGUUGUAAUUUUGAUGCUGACCUGACCCCAACUUCAGUGAAUUCUGGAUCUUACUGGAGUCUUGUUUUAUUACUCCAAGUAUUUAUAGAGUUGAACCACUCAUGACUCAA